AAUGCCUGGACCCAACUCUCACACCACUGCCCUUCCUUUGCCUGCAGGGGAGCCGAUGGGGAGGGAGAACAACACCUCAGUGACCGAAUUCAUCCUCCUCGGUUUCUCCAGCAACCCAGCGGAGGAGCUCGUCCUCUUUGGGGUCUUCACAGCCAUCUACCUGGUGGCCCUGCUGGGCAAUGUGCUCAUCUUACUGCUGGUCAGCCUGGACUCCCGGCUCCACACGCCCAUGUACUUCUUCCUGGGAAACCUCUCCGUGGUGGACAUCGGCUACACCAGCUCCACUGUGCCCAAGAUGCUGACCAAUUACCUGUCGCGGGACAAGUCCAUCUCAUGGGCCGGUUGCCUCUCCCAGAUGUUCUUCUUCAUCUCCUUUGGGGGGAUCGAAUGCCUGAUACUGGGGGUCAUGGCCUAUGACCGCUACGUGGCCAUCUGUCACCCGCUACACUACGGCAUGUUCAUGAGCCGGCGGGUGUGUGCCCUGCUGGCUGCAGCCGCCUGGGCCAUGGGCUUGACCAACUCGGCUGUGCACUCAUCCCUGAUGUCCAUCCUGUCCUUCUGCCGGGGCAACAUCCUCCGCCACUUCUUCUGCGACAUCCCCCCACUCUUCCAGCUCUCCUGUUCUGACACCCGGACCAACCAGGCUGUCACCAUUGUUGUGGGAGGUGCUAUCGUCUUCAGCUCCUUGCUGGGGACCCUGGUGUCCUAUGUGUACAUCGCACUGGCCGUCCUCAGGAUCCGCACGAGGGAAGGGCGCCUCAAGGCCUUCUCCACCUGCGCCUCCCACCUGACCGUGGUCAGCCUCUACUUUGGCACCAUCCUCUUCACCUACCUCCGUCCCAACUCCACCUACUCGCAGGAGCAGGACCGGGCACUGCCUGUGCUCUAUGGCAUCAUCAUCCCCAUGCUCAACCCCAUCAUCUACAGCCUGAGGAACAAAGAUGUGAAAGGGGCGCUCCAAAAAGCCCUGGCUAGGAGCUAGGCAGGUAUUGUCUUCUAAUGGACAGUGCACAGAUUUGGGAGUCUGGACUCCUGGGUUCCAUCCCCAGCUGUGGGAGAGGAGUGGCAUCGAGUGGGUAGCAUUUGCAAUGGGUACUGGGAAUCAGGAAUUCUGGGUUCCAUGCCCAGUUGAGGGAUGGACUCUGGGUGUGCGUACACUAGGGAUUGUGAUUGUAUCUGGCAAAGUUGAAAGUUUUUUCUUUUGUCUGAACAUUUUUCAGUUUUCGGCAGUAUUAGGUGUAACACUUUUGGAUUUGGGAGAAAAUAGUUUGGUUUAUCUUUUCUGAAAACCUCCAAAAAUAAAAAUAAGUCGAUUUUCAAUGUUUUGACAAAAAGUCAACAGUUUCUGAGGAGUUUUUUUCCCAUUGGGAGGAGGAACGGAUAACUCACAUUAAUGACAUACACUCCUUCUUGUUCCUGUGUCAGCUGCUGUAAUUUAUACGUGGGGAAACCUCAAUCCAAGAUAUUCGCAAAGGAGUUUAUGGAUGUCAUCUCAUGUUGUACAACUACUUUGCUAACCUCAGACCUGGUUGAAAAUGCCAUUUGUUUCCAAAGAAAAUAAAGAAAAUAGAAUGAA